UCCCCCAUGUCAGAUCUUCUCUAAAUUAUGGAAAUUUUGGGGAAGACGCUGACGUGGAUAUUGAGCCUGCUUUUGGCCGCUGCUGAUCCUCAGAGCCUUUCUUACAGUUCUCAAGAGGAGUUUCUGUCCCACCUGGAGGACUACCAGCUCACGGUGCCUGUUCGGCUGAACGAUAAGGGCGAGUACAUGAGUUACACUGUGAAACAGCACCGGGCCGGACGCAGGAGACGGGCGCUGGACCAAACCGGGCCGGACGUCGCGGAGACCAGACUCUUUUACCACCUGUCAGCUUAUGGCAAGCACUUUCACCUGAACCUGACGCUCAACCCCAAUCUGGUGUCCAGACAUUUCACUGUAGAGUACUGGGGCAGGGAGGGGCAGGAGUCGCGCCACGCCGUGGUGGACGAUUGCCAUUACGUCGGAUACCUACUGGAUCAGUACGACACUACAGGAGUGGCACUGAGUAACUGCGACGGCCUGCACGGCGUCAUCACCACAGAAGAAGAGCAGUAUCUAAUCGAACCCCUAAGGGACGCGUCCUCCACAAACUCCAGCCAGUUCCCCGGCGGAGGACAUCCGCACGUUAUUUAUAAAAAAUCCUCCGUCCCCUUGCGGCAGGAGCGCAGCGAGGAGCUCAGCUGCGGCGUUUCAGACCUCACCGUGAAGCAGACGCCAUGUGGGAAAAGCAGCCACGCCCCCAUGGCUCCGCCUCCCUCGCAGAGUAACCGCACCUCUGUCGGUGCUCAGCGUCAGCGGCGCUCCAUCAGCUCCGAGCGCUUCGUGGAGACCCUGGUGGUGGCCGACAAGAUGAUGGUGGGCUACCACGGCCGCAAGGACAUCGAGCACUACAUCCUGUCCGUCAUGAAUAUUGUUGCCAAACUUUACCGUGAUGCCAGUCUAGGAAACGUUGUGAACAUUAUCGUGACCAGGCUGAUCGUCCUGACCGAGGACCAGCCGAAUCUGGAGAUCAACCACCACGCAGAUAAAUCUCUGGACAGUUUCUGUAAGUGGCAGAAAUCGCUGUUGUCUCAUCAGGGAGACGGGAACAGCAUCCCCGAGAACGGUAUCGCUCAUCACGACAACGCUGUGCUCAUCACCAGGUACGACAUCUGCACCUACAAGAACAAGCCGUGUGGUACCCUCGGUUUGGCAUCAGUAGCUGGAAUGUGUGAACCAGAACGGAGCUGCAGCAUUAAUGAAGACAUCGGCCUCGGCUCCGCUUUCACCAUCGCGCAUGAGAUCGGACACAACUUCGGAAUGAACCAUGAUGGAAUCGGGAACGCCUGCGGGACCAAGGGGCACGAGACGGCCAAGCUGAUGGCAGCACACAUCACAGCCAACACCAACCCGUUCUCCUGGUCCACCUGCAGCAAGGACUACAUCACCAGCUUCCUGGACUCAGGUCGGGGAACGUGUUUGGACAACGAGCCCCUGAAGCGCGACUUCCUGUACCCCACCGUGGCUCCGGGGCAGGUGUACGACGCCGACGAGCAGUGUCGCUUUCAGUACGGCGCCUCCUCCAGACAGUGCAAAUAUGGGGAAGUGUGUAGAGAGCUCUGGUGCCUUAGCAAAAGUAACCGCUGUGUCACUAACAGUAUUCCAGCUGCAGAAGGAACGCUGUGCCAAACCGGCAGCAUCGAGAAAGGGUGGUGUUUUCAGGGCGAGUGUGUGGCGUUCGGGACAUGGCCGCACAGUGUGGACGGAGGCUGGGGCCCGUGGACGCAGUGGGGCGAGUGCAGCCGGACGUGCGGCGGCGGAGUUUCCUCGUCCAUGCGUCACUGUGACAGUCCAGCGCCAUCCGGAGGAGGGAAGUACUGUCUUGGGGAGAGGAAGCGCUACAGGUCGUGCAACACCGAUCCCUGUCCAGCAGGAUCACAGGACUUCCGUGAGAAGCAGUGUUCCGACUUUGACAGCAUGCCGUUCCGUGGGAAAUAUUACAGCUGGAAGCCUUACACCGGAGGUGGCGUGAAGCCGUGUGCGCUUAACUGCCUGGCCGAGGGAUACAACUUCUACACGGAGCGUUCUCCUGCCGUCAUCGACGGGACGCGCUGCCAGGCCGACUCGCUGGACAUCUGCAUCAACGGGGAGUGCAAGCAUGUGGGCUGUGACAACAUCCUGGGCUCGGACGCCAGAGAGGACAUUUGCCGUGUGUGUGGAGGAGACGGCAGCACGUGCGAGACCAUUAAAGGCCUGUUCAACGACUCGCUACCCAGAGGAGGUUAUAUGGAAGUUGUCCAGAUUCCUAAAGGUUCCGUCCACAUUGAGAUCCAGGAGGUGGCCAUGUCGAAGAACUACAUCGCUCUAAAAUCUGAAGGAAACGAUUAUUACAUUAACGGCGCAUGGACCAUCGACUGGCCUCGCAAGUUCGACGUCGCAGGAACGGCGUUCCACUACAGGAGGCCGACGGACGCGGUGGAGUCUCUGGAGGCGCUCGGGGCCACCACGGAGAACCUGGUCAUCAUGGUGCUGCUGCAGGAACAGAACCCGGGCAUCAGGUACAAGUUUAACGUUCCCAUCCUGCGGGGGGGCAGCGGGGACACCGACGUGAGCUUUAGCUGGCACCACCUGCCCUGGUCUGAGUGCUCCGCCACCUGCGCCGGAGGCUCGCAGAAACAGGAGGUGGUGUGCAAGAGGCAGGACGAUGACUCGGUGGUCCAAAACAGCUACUGCGACCCUGAGGGGAAACCCCCGGAGAACCAGAGGCCCUGUAAUAUGGAACCCUGUCCACCCGAGUGGGUGAUCGGCGACUGGUCAGACUGCAGUAAGACGUGUGACGGAGGAACGCGCACGCGCACCGUCCUCUGCAUCCGCAAAAUCGGUCCCGCUGACGAGGAGAACCUGGAGGACCUUCAGUGCCUGACGCAUCGACCGAUCGAGCACGAGAGCUGCAACAACCAGUCCUGUCCUCCGCAGUGGGUUCCUCUGGACUGGUCUGAGUGCACCCCGAAGUGUGGCCACGGCUUUAAACACCGCAUCGUGUUGUGUAAGAGCAGUGAUCUGAAUAAAACCUUUCCAGCAGCGCUGUGUUCUGAGCUGAUCAAACCCCCGGUGAGGAUGCGCUGCACUCUGGGACGCUGUCCUCCUCCACGCUGGAUGCCCGGAGAGUGGGGACAGUGUUCAGCUCAGUGCGGUUUGGGACAGCAGAUGCGGACAGUGCAGUGUUUGUCCUACAUCGGACAGCCGUCUAACGAUUGUCCCGAUGCUGUGCGUCCCAGCAUGUACCAGCCGUGCGAGAGUAAAUGUGAUGCCACGCCCAUUGCCAAUGGCGACGAGUGCAAAGACGUGAACAAGGUGGCGUACUGCCCACUGGUGCUCAAGUUCAAAUUCUGCACCCGUGCCUACUUUAGACAGAUGUGCUGCAAAACCUGCCAAGGACACUGAGGAUCCUGCAGAGAGACAGAGAGAGACAGAGAACUGAAGUGGGCUGGAGGACAAGGCUGCUCUCUCUCUCUCUCUCUCUCUCUCUCUCACACACACACACACACACACACCUGCUUUUUCAGCCCUGUGGAACCCAUACCACUGAUCAGCAGCAAGCUGACACCUUUUUAUUUUUAUUUUCACUUCUGUGAAGUGGGAACUUAAUAAUAUGAUCAUUAUUGUUAUUUUAUUACAAUAAUAAUUAUUAUUGAUGUUAUUAUCAUUGUUAUUGCUGUCUGUCUGUCUGUCUGUCUGUCUGUCUGUCAUAAUCCAAAGUGCUGGACACAUCAUAUGCAUAAGCGGCGUUUCUUUCGAGGUUCAUUUUUGUCUCUGCUAUGGCAGUGAACGAACUCUAAUAAAAUCCCAUUUUCAUACUGACACAGACGUGGACAAAAUAAAAGAAACGGAUAUGAAUUUACUGAAGGCACUGCUGGGAAAAUAUAGUCUCUGAGAAUAUAUAUGGACAGGGUAUGUGUGUGUGUGUGUGUGUGUGUGUGUGUGUGUGUGUGAAAAGGCUGCAUCCAGUUAGCUCAUGUUAGCAAUCUAGCUAACAUCAGUCGUGUAGAUGAUAACCGAAUGAAUUAGCAUCUCUACCCGGUGAUAAUCGCUGUGCGGUGAAGGUGAAGUGAGGAUUGCUAAACAUGUCUUGCUAGCCGCGUGCGUGUUGUUCAUGAAUGAUGCUAGCUUGUUAGCUACUUAAAUAAAUGUUUUCAUCAUUCAGCAAGUUUGUGCUAGCAUGUUAGCUCCUGCUAAUCAGUUGUUCAGAAUGUGAAUGUAUGUACAAACUGCUGCUGUAAUAAUAAAGAGUUCCUCCAUGUCCAGUGUUACAGAAAAGCACGACCCCAGCGCCUCUCUCGUUUCUGCGCUUUCUGCUAAGGUUAAAGGUCAUCUAGAAUAAUUUGUAGAUUAAAAAAAAUUAAUCGCUACCAGAAGGCUCAUCAAACUGGAGUGAUUGUAAAUUUCUCCCUUUGAAACCUCACAGAGUGCCUGAUUUUAAGCCCUUAUUUCUAACCAAUUUAACCAUUUCAUGUCCUCGUCGCGAGGCGUUUCUGUUAUUUUGUCCACAUCCAGUAGUCCAGCUCGACAUCCUCCAUCACUCUGCAGACAGACGUUAUGGAUCAGUAACUCCACACCAUCGCCAUACGACACUUCAUAAACUCUCCAUAAUCACAGUUCAGGAUGUUUAAUCGCGGGUUUGGUUAAAAACCCGCGGCCGAGUGAACGCCGCGCCGUCCGCAGAGGUGCAGGCGUAGCGCCGUCCUGUUUGGUGCUCGUUUGGAAGUCGUGAGUGUCAGGAUUCCAGAUGUUCCAGCCGUGGGGCCACCUGUUUUACUGAGUCGAGUCACAUGACUACGGGCAAAGAAUUCCACCCUUGUGUUUGUGAGACUCGAACGGGGCCUGCGGAUCGGAUCAUAAAGUAAAGGAGCACAGAAUGACGUUUAGAUACGGCUUCCAAACCUUUCAGUGCAUCUCUGGUGUUUAAAGAAUUUACAAAUCUGGGAUUUUCGUGUACUGUUUAAAAUGCCUGGGGGCCUGAGAGACACGGUAUGUGCUAUAAGGAGGGGAAUUCAUUCAGAAAGAAAAUCCAGAAUCCUCUCUCAGUAAUCUCUCGCCGGAUCAUGGCCGUGUCCGUGUGCAGGUGAUCUGCUGCUGCGUGGCUCAGGAGGGACAUGCCAGAGCUCGAACAUCUGCCCAGAAUAAAGACUACCUCCCCCAGACACGUGCCCUCUUUCACCCCACGGUUCCCUCCCUCACGCUGCACAGAACCCUCCAUGCUCAGUGCUGCUUUUUCUUCUCAUCUUCUUAAGAGAGAACCUCGAUCCUUUCAGUCCUCUGGUGCUAACGAGAGCUUCGUUUCUCAUCGGUCCUUCAUCCUGGGAUUUUUUUUUAAUUCAAUGUUAGUCUGCGGUUGUCCUUUUACCUCACACUAUACUGAUUACUGAAUUGGAAGGCCAGGUUCUGAGUUAUGUGUAAACCCCACCCACUCCACGUGCUCUCCAUUCAAACGGAACCGAUCCGCUACCAGAUAACUUAUCUGAGAUUCCAAGAGGCGAAGGAUAAUGAGCAGCAGGACCACGGCUCAUUUCUGCUCCAACAAAUCAUGCUCACUUCUUUGCUGCUGCUACUCCGUUGUAGCCACCAAUACGACGUCAGAACAGUUCUGUGUUUGUGUUAGAAAUCAUUUCAACUAGGACUUUUACUCGAGUGAACGUCGAACAGCCGGAAUAAUAAAUCCUGAGGCUUGAAGUAAAGGUUUACUGGCUUCAGAAAAAAAAGAAAAGGAGGCCACAAAGACCAAAAAUCAAAGAUGAACGUGAAACUGGUCCUCUCUCAUCGCUGUGAACUCGUGUCUCUGAAUGUCACAUCACUCAUCCUGUACCUAUAGAAGUGUACCUAUAGAAGUGAGCAUAUGUGAGUGUGUGUAACUGAAUGCGAGUGUGUGUGUGUGUGUGUGUGAGUAAUUUUUUUUUUUUAUUAUUUGCGAUAAAUUGCUUGUAUUUUAUAUUCAGUGUUAAAUGUUGGUACACUGUUACUAAUUUUCCAUUUGUAAAUGAUAUGCUUAUUUAUUUCCAUGUCUCACUUGUCGUACAUGUUUCACGGCACACAAACUCAAAGCUAAAUGAAAAAAAGCGAUGCAUUGAAAUGAUUCCUAUCAGCGUUGUGUCGUUAUCCUGGGGAAAGGGCUCGAGUUUACCCGUGCAUCAUCGCAAAAUGUGUGUUUAAAUGCUUUGGUGGCCUGAGGAGUGUGUGAAUGUUUGUCUGCAUAUUCUGGUCAAAUGUCAAAAGGGAAGUCCCUCAACAAGAUAAACAAGACAAAUAUAGCAGUUUACAAAUGAUGAGCAAAAACAAUAGUAGAUAAGUAAUGGCACAGUUAGCGUAAGAGUCUUUGGCUUGUACACUAUUAUUGGUGAAUCGUACGGUAUGUAAUGAAUCCCGAAUA